GGAAGAGGAGGAGAAGGACAGACGCGCUGCUCCUCCCACGAGCUUUCAGAUCCGAUGGAUUUACUCGCAGAUCUUCACUGAAUGUCUCCGGUGAAUCACAAUCCUCUAAACACAACCUGCUAUAACCGAAAAUAUUCACAUGAACCAUCUCCCGCUAGGAGACCGUGCCAGCCCGACAGGAUUCAAAGCGCUGCGCACUUACGACCAGGAACUUUUAUGUAGUUUUUGUUGACUUCCCACACACCUUGAUGCUUUGAGUGGGUUGAAGGACUGUUUACCGUCUUAAUAACGUGACAGAGAAACGACAACACAGUUUCAAAGGACAAUACUGGAGGAAAAGAGCUGAAGUACGUUAGCCUACCUGCGUUGAUCACCUUGCCGACUAGAAGGUCUGCGGUGUGUGUGAGUGGGAUGUCUGCAGAUCAGCUGUGGCCUGACUAUGGUGAAACACCAGCCGCUGCAGGUGUAUGAGAGACAGCUGUGUUUGUCCUGUCUGACUGGGAUCUACGGCUGCCGCUGGAAACGGUACCAGCGCUCGCAUGACGACAGCUCCAAGUGGGAAUGUUCAUGGUUCUUCCUCCUGUGCUGUUCGUUUCUUCUCUUGCUAGUCUGGUCCUACUUCUGGUUGGAAGCUCGUAAUGACUAUAAUGAGUUCAACUGGUUGUUAUAUAAUCGUUCAGCCGUUUGGAAGGAUGGCACCGUCCCUAUUCUCGCCACAACACUCACAGGACUCACUUACACUGCAUUUUUAAUGAUUCUUGCACUUUGUCACAUUGCACUUGGGCAGCAGCUGAACUUAUACUGGAUCCAUAAGAUCGCAGUCUUGGCUGUUUUUCUCACCACCAUAACAGGAGUGGUGUCCAUUGAUGAUUUCUGGCAGGACGAAUGGGACAUCGUCAUCAUUUCACUACAGUUCACAGGGCCGUUCCUGCACAUUGGAGCUUUAGCAGCGGUCACAGCACUCGGGUGGGUCAUCGCCAGUCAGGUGGUACGUGGAGAAAGAUCAAGGCUCCAGGUUGUAACUCUGGCGGUUUAUGCGCUCAUUCUGCUGGUUUUGUAUGUGGUUCCACUCUUCAUCUCCUCUCCCUGCAUUAUGGACCGCUCCAAACUGGGUCCACGUCCUGCUGUCAUUGGCCGUCGCGGCGCUCCAAUGCUCGCUCCAGAACACACUCUCAUGUCCUUCAGUAAAGCACUGCAACAGAAAGUGACUGCACUGGAAGCAGAUGUUGCAAUCAGUUUGGAUGGAGUGCCCUUUCUGAUGAGGGAUCGCACUCUUCGUCGGACCACCGAUGUGGACAGGCUAUUUCCAGCCCGUCAGGACACCGACGCCUCAUUCUUCAACUGGACAGAGAUUCGCAGUCUCAAUGCUGGACUCUGGUUCCUCAGGGAUGACCCGUACUGGACAGUGCAGUACAUGUCGGAGAAGGACCGCAAGCGUGCGGGUAAUCAGACGGUGUGCAGCCUGGCAGAGCUGCUGCGUGUGGCUGCAAGAGCGAACCGAUCGGUGAUCUUCAGCCUCCGCCGGCCUCCACCAAACCAUCCCAGACACCAGCUGUGGGUCAGUGAUGCACUCAAGGUCAUCCAGAGGUCCAGCAUCCAGCCGGAGCAGGUAAUGUGGACACCAGACUGGUACAGGAAGAAGGUGCGUGCGGCGGUUCCUCUUCUUCAGCAGACAACAGAUGAGAAGCUUCCAGUGGCGGAGCUGAAGGAGAGAGGAAUCACAACAUUGACGUUACACUACAGCCAAGCCAGAGCUCAGGAGAUCAGGCAGUUCUCUGUCAGUAAUGUGAGUGUAAACGUGUAUCCGGUGAACGAGCCGUGGCUUUAUUCGCUCAUGUGGUGCAGCGGCGUUCAGUCCGUCUCCUCUGACGCUCCACACAUCCUGAAGAAAGUGCCUCGUCCCAUCUGGAUCAUGAGCGCAGAUGAAUACGGCCUGAUAUGGAUCACUUCAGAUUUAAUCUCCAUUGCUAUUGUUGUUGGCAUUUUCAUAUUUCAGAACUUUCACCUGAUCAGGUGGAAGAUGAGUGGGAUGCGCAGCUAUAACCCUGAGCAGAUCAUGCUGAGUGCUGUGGUGCGGCGGCCGAGUCGAGACGUCAAUAUGAUGAAGGAGAAGCUGAUCUUCUCAGAGAUCAACAAUGGUGUCGGCAGCACAGACGAGCUCUCCGCGUUCACGGGAAACGGCCUGGACGUGUACACGCAUGAUGACAUCAUGACGCCCGCGCGACAUACCGCCAAACUAUAGACCACAACUUUAGACUGUUUGACACUGGACUGUAUUUCACUACUACAGUGUUCUGCUUUGAUGCCUUACGUCCUGACGUCUUUUGUUUUGUUUCUGUAUCAAACUGUAUUUAUAACAGAGCUGAGUAAUUGUGCACUGUACAUUUUUAGAGCUGAAAGCAGGUAAUAAAAGUGUCCUAUUAUUAAUGUUCUCGAGGAACGGACUGAACUUGAAGGGAUUUAAUGUUAAAGCAUGCAGAAACCGAACCCUAACUCACUUGAUGUGAUUAUUUAUUUUGUAUUUAUUUUAUUUUUGUAUGUAACGUAUCAUUUGCUUUUCUGCACUAGCUUCUCAGAUCAGUUUUCUUUCUUCUACGAUGCUGUACUGCUGACUUUAUAAGUGAUUUAUUUUGUAAUGAAAUCAAUGAAAUGUGUUGAAAUGUGUUUUUCCAUAAUAAUUUGAAACAAAUUCACGUAUAUGUUGAAUUUUAGGUGAUAUCAGACUAUUUCAUGCACUUUUUUUGUUGUUUAGAAUGCGAACGGUUAUUUUCAUUGUACUUUAUUUUGGUAACACAUGGCCGUAUUCUGUCACACUCAGAACAAAAUUGUGUCAAUGAUGAUAACAGGAUCCAUAAAUCAGUUUUACUUGUUAGCAAAGGUGCGUCCAAGUGGUUUAAAGUGAGUUAAAACAAAUAUAAUGUUACAAAUAUAAUUAUAUUUCUGAGUAAAUGAUGUUCUCUUCAUUUCAAUCAAAACAUCUUGAAACAAAAUCGGGUGUUUGUGUCCUCAAAAUAAAGAAACGCAUCUGCAUCAUGUUAGAAUAAUUUCUGAAGGAUCUUGUGACACUGAAAAAUGACGCUAUGAUGCUGAAAAUUCAGCUUGGUAUCACAAGAAUAAAUUGCAUAAAAUUUUAAAA